AUGCUUGCUGGAGGUGUCACGAACUUUGGCAGUGAACCGGUGAAAGAGGUUUCGAAGGCAAUGGCGAAAUCUUCGAUGUGUAUCAUCCUUGUAACUGGAGAUUUGGCUGAAGAUUCGUUUGAAGACAUCGCUAAUUCCGCAUUUCUUGAGUUCAUGCUCACGUCCUGCUUGAAGGAUUUCGUCAUAUCGAUAAUUCUCAACUUAAUCGCAAAUAUUCUUUUCAGCCUUCCGGAAUUUGGAAUCAGGAUAUUUCCUAUUCAGCUUCUCGCCAGCGGUGAGCGAAAGACAAAGGUUAGGAGGAAAACCGUUCUUCAAGUCCCUCCAGCGACACGCAAGCUUCUGGUCUCCGCUGUCCGCUAUAAUCAUGCAGCGAUGAGCUUGGGCAUGUCAGCGGAAGAGGACAGUGGAAGACAAACUAAUGCAGAGGUUGAAUUUAUUUCCAGCACGGCCCUUUCCAGUCGAGUCGGCGCCGACAGUUCUUGGCCGGCGACUGGCAAAUUCCCGUCGACGCUGGAACCUGAUCCCUGCCUUGACGAGAUCGAGGUGAACGAAGUAAAGGGUUGCCAGAUGUUCGGUUUGGAGCUCGGGACGGACGAGGGUAACACGAAGAGAUCCUCCGAAACCAACGAUAUCCUGAUAUUCCACCGUAUCAUCCACUACGAUAUUCACGCUCGUCGGAACUGGACCAAGGAUAGGGAUUCACGACGAUGCACUGAGGGCACAAACGAAGCUAGAUAA